GUUAUAUUUGAAUGAUUCAUCAUAAAAAAAAUAUAUAUUAGUAAAUCUAAUAAUGGUAAUGGUAGUUAGGGAACAGUAGCAAUUGCAGUUGAUAGAAUGAUCUGGGCAGGUUAGGGCGUUUGAUGUCCCUGUAGUUAAUGAAAUUUAUAUCAACAUUUUUUAUAUCAUUAUUUAUUUAUUAAUAUAAAAAAACAAGUUAUUGUUUAUAAUGAAAAGUAAUACUUACUUAUCUUGUAUAUCUAUAAUCUUAAAUUUCAUGAAUUAAAACAAAAUAUUUAAUUUUAAAACUUAAUGAAUUAAUAAGUUAAUACCCAGCUUUAAUUAAUGUUAUAUUUAUUAUUACUUUUUUUGGGUUUUAUGUAUGUAUUUUUAGUUCAUGAAAUAUUUAUACAUAAUUAUUUUGAAAGAAUGAUCGAAAAGUAAUAGUGUAGGGCAAAAUUUGGGUUAUGAAUUACAGAAAGGAACCAGAUUUGGAGCUUGAAGGCCUUCUAAAACGCCACUACACUACAGUGGAGUUUUUUCAGGGCACAAUGAUGAAUGCUGUCGAUCUUGAGCGUGUGAAGGUAACUGGAGAUGGAGGCAGAUAGAGAAAGCACGUUAGAUGCUUGUGAAUGUCACUCGAGUGAAGUUAAUCUGGAACAUUCCAGGCUUUACUAAGAGUGGUUAAUUAAAUGUUACCAUCGCAUGCUACGACAAUUAGAAUGUAGAAUAAUUUUUUUAUAUUUUCUACUUUCUUGCUGUCUCUUUCUUUCUUCUUUUUUUUUUUUUAUGUUCAUUAUUUUCUGUUAUAAUCAUAAAUGGUAGGAAGCCACCUGAUUUGGAGUUGGAAGGAUUAUUCAAGAGACAUUUUACAACUGUUGAGUUCUUUCAAGGCUCCAUCAUGAACCCGAUUGAUCUACAAAGAGUAAAGGUUCAUGAAGCAGAUGCUUGUUUAGUUCUUGCAAACAAGUACUGUCAAGACCCGGAUGCUGAAGAUGCUGCCAACAUCAUGAGAGUAAUUUCAAUUAAAAAUUAUUCUGAUGAUAUUAGAGUCAUUAUUCAGCUUAUGCAGUAUCACAACAAGGCUUAUUUGUUGAACAUUCCUUCGUGGGAUUGGAAACAGGGUGAUGAUGUUAUCUGUUUAGCUGAAUUGAAACUGGGCUUUAUAGCCCAAAGCUGUCUUGCACCAGGUUUUUCAACAAUGAUGGCUAAUCUUUUUGCCAUGAGAUCGUUCAAAACGUCACCUGACACUCAGGCUUGGCAGAAUGAUUAUCUUCAAGGAACUGGUUGUGAGAUGUACACAGAGACCUUAUCCCCUUCGUUUACUGCCAUGACCUUCCCACAAGCCAGCGAGUUAUGUUUCACUAAACUGAAACUUUUACUGCUUGCCAUUGAAAUAAAAGGCGAAGAUGGGAGUGAUAGCAAAAUUUCCAUCAACCCACGCGGAGCAAAGAUAUCAGCUAAUACGCAGGGAUUUUUUAUAGCACAAUCUGCUGAUGAAGUUAAAAGGGCAUGGUUCUAUUGCAAGGCUUGCCAUGAUGAUAUUAAAGAUGAAACAUUGAUAAAGAAAUGCAAGUGCAAAAACUAUGUUGGAAUGUUGAUGAUGCAGACGGGAAUGGUCAAAGGGGACCUUAACCAGAGUUAUAUCGAUGUGGCUACCUUCAGGAAGGGAGUGAGGGCAGUUCAGAUGGUCGGCAGGGCAAAUGAUCAUCAUCUUGCCCCUUCAUUUACAACACCAGAACUUCCUAAGAAAGUACACAUCAGAGGUGACAUCGGUCGUGAUAGGGAAGACUCAGUUGGCAAUAGAAAUCUGCGAAAUUCCACUCCAGUCAUGAAUUCAACCAAGCAAGUCAACAAAGUUAAACCAACUGUAAAUAGAGUAUUGAACGAGUCUAAUGCCAAUCAAAAUUACAACAGGCCUACCAGUAGGAGUACAGGUGGUAAUAAUGUGAACAAUAAUAGCGGAGUGGGCUUGCAAGUUGGAAUAGCAGACGAUCAGGCUAAGGAUUUUGAUUUUGAGAAGACAGAAAUGAAAUAUGAUUCAACAGGAAUGUUUCAUUGGAGUCCAGCAAGAAAUCUUGAGGACUGUAUUCUGGAUAGAAAUCAAGCAGCAAUGACAGUUCUCAAUGGCCAUGUUGUUGUUUGCCUGUUUGCUGAUCCAGAUUCACCACUCAUCGGGUUAAGGAACUUAGUGAUGCCCUUGAGGGCCUCCAACUUUCAUUAUCAUGAGCUAAAACAUGUAGUUAUUGUUGGAGCAGUUGAUUACAUCCGAAGGGAGUGGAAAAUGCUUCAAAAUCUUCCAAAAAUAUCAGUUCUUAAUGGUUCUCCUCUAAGCAGAGCUGACCUAAGGGCAGUUAAUGUUAACUUAUGUGAUAUGUGUGUAAUACUAUCAGCAAAAGUGCCUAGUAAUGAUGAUCCUACAUUAGCAGAUAAGGAAGCAAUUCUUGCUUCACUAAAUAUUAAAGCAAUGACUUUUGAUGAUACAAUAGGUGUCUUGAAUCAAGAUGAAUCAGGCGUUGUAUCAGCCAAUGAAACUUUAACCUCUGUCAGUGGUCCUAUUGUUCUUCAGAGGAGGGGGUCUGUUUAUGGAGCCAAUGUGCCUAUGAUAACAGAACUAGUAAAUGAUAGUAAUGUACAGUUUCUUGAUCAGGAUGAUGAUGAUGACCCCGAUACUGAACUGUAUCUAACUCAACCUUUUGCUUGCGGGACAGCAUUCGCUGUUAGUGUGUUGGAUUCUCUUAUGUCCACGACAUACUUCAAUCAAAAUGCAUUGACUUUAAUAAGGUCCUUAAUAACUGGAGGAGCAACACCUGAACUGGAACUUAUUUUAGCAGAGGGAGCUGGACUAAGAGGUGGAUACAGUACUUCUGAUAGCUUGUCAAAUCGUGACAGGUGUAGAGUUGGUCAAAUUUCUCUUUAUGAUGGGCCUUUGGCACAGUUCGGUGAAGCAGGAAAGUAUGGUGAUUUGUUUGUUUCAGCUCUUAAAAGCUAUGGAAUGCUAUGCAUUGGGUUAUAUAGGUUCCGUGAUACUAGUUCGUCGUGUGAUGCCUCUUCAAAACGCUAUGUGAUAACUAAUCCACCAGAUGAUUUUUCAUUACUUCCUACAGAUCAAGUGUUUGUCUUAAUGCAAUUUGACCCUGGAAUGGAAUAUAAGCCCAACAGAGGUCAGAAAGGAAAAGACGAUAAUUCCUGACUAUUGCUCUGUAGCGCUCUCACUGAUGGACCUUAUUCAUACAUAUAGAUUGUUUAUUUAUCACAUACUAAUAUGUUGCAUGAAAACCAUUAAGUAUGCUUUAUUUCAUUUCAAUAUAUUCUAAAAUUGUUUAAACUAAAUAUCCUAUUUUUUUUAUUACCUAUUUUAUAAACUUUAAUAUAUUUUUUUAAUAAAAGAACUUUACUUUUCUUAAACUUGAAAUUACUUUUAAGCAGAAAAGCAAAAAAAAAAUAUUAGGGACUAACUAGUAAAUAAUUUCAUAAAUUAAUUGUAAUAUGUAUUAUUUUUUUUUAUUUUAAGCACACUUCUGCACUGUUCUAAGUAUUAUGGUUACUUAAGUUUGUGUUAUAUUUUGCACUCGCCACAUCUUUCAUUAUGAAUCUAUCAUAGUUAUUUCGCACAUUGGUUUGAAUUCUUUUGUCACUAUUAAAACAGAUCAAUCUUUAUUGUCAUAUUAUUUUUUUAGAAUGAUAAAUAAAAAAUAAAGAAAUAAAUAAAAGUAAUGAAAAACAAAGGCUAACUAUAUUAAUCCAAAUACUAAUAUCUCUUGGUCUUCCCAGAGUUAAUGAUUCUAUUGCUCCUUAUUUCAUUUUAUGAAUCUCCAAUGGCUACUUAUUUAAGAUCAUGAUACUCAGAUAAUUUCUAUAAUUUAAUUUACUUCUUAUCUAAACCACCAUAUGUUAAUAUAAAUUAAUUUAAUUUCUUAAUUCAGGUAUCCUUUUCUUCAAAUUGAAUUUUUUUUUUUUUUUCAUUUGCUAGAUAUAUCUCGUAAAAGGUAAUGUAAUGGAUUCAUUUUUAUCUAGCACAAUGUUAUAAUACAUGAUGUAAAUAUUUUUCCUUAUGAGCAACCGAUUGCACUCAAUUUAUUAAUACAUUUAUGUCUCAAACAGAGAUGAUUAAGUUAAAAUUGUGUGCAAAAUGUGUAUAUAUCCAAUAUUUGCUGGGCUGUGGACCAAAUAGUUUAAAAAUAGUUGUCCUGUUUUAAAAUUUGUUUUUGCUUUUCUGCUUUUGUUGGUAAUAAUUUAUCAUUAAAAUAAAAAUCUUUAUUUUCUAUAAUUAAAAAAAUCUGAAAAUUGAUUUAUUUUAGAAACCAUUCGAUUAUAUGAAAACACUCAAGGGCCUUUUUGCAACAUUAUAUGUGAUAGAUACAAUUUAAAGUGUGAGAGCUGCUACAUUGUCUACUGAAACCAGAAGCACACAAAGACUUUCUGCUUUUAAAAGCAUUUAUAAAUAAAUUGGUUUAUAUUAAAUUUAUAUACUGCAAGUCAUAACUGUAUAAAUAAAAAAUCCACCGUAUUUCUACUUCAAUACUAAAAAAAGUUAUAAAUAAAAAAUAUUUUAUAAUGUUUGUAAAUACGUUGUUCUUUGUAUAUGCGGUGAAAGCUAUAUAAUUUCUUAUGUGUUUAUAAAUAAUUUGGAUGCUGAAAAUGUAUGAGAAACUCUUGUUUGUAUUUUAAGGCAAAAAGAAAUAUCUUUUCCUGUUAAGUAUUGAAUAAAUUUAAGAUCAAGUAAAGAAAUCAUUUCUGUUUCAUAAAAGAGUUUCCCAUUAUAUGUCACAUCUGCUAAUUUUGUUUGUAAGCACCUGUUGCUAAAUAUCAAUAAUGGCCUAAGUGUUAAGUACUUGUUUGUACUGUUUGCAUAUAGCGUGUUUUAAUGAACUUGCCUUUACCCACAAUCAAGCAGUGUUUUAAGAAUAUUGAAUGUAUAACUGAAUUUAUAGAUCAUAUUAUAUAUAUAUAUAUAUAUAUAUAUAUAUAUAUAUAUACAUACAUAUAAUAUGAUGUAUAAUGUCAUCAGCGAAUAAGUAUAUAUAUUUAUAUAUACAUAUAUAUAUAUAUAUGUUUGUGAAUAUGUAUAUACUUAUUAAUAGUUGUUGCUUUGCUGACAACAAUUAUUUGCUUACUGUUAAGGAACACGUAAGGCUGCCACUAAAUCAUUUGUGUUAUAUUAUUUUAUUUUCUCGUUUAUUAAUAUCUGAACCAAUGAAAUUAAAUCUUUUAUAGUUUAUUCAAAACUUUAAGCAAAAUAACAUAAAUUUAUUUCAUAAGACAGUCAUUCUUGCAAUUGGUACAAUGUGUUUUAAGUUUUCAUGUAUCCUUGAAAUUUUCCUUUUUACAAAACAUUAGAAUAAAUUGUUGUGGCUUUAUUUUCAACUGAGAAAAGGUAGUAGGUAUGGUAAGUGUUCUUUCACAUUCUAUAUAACACCAACACUUGGUGUGAGAGAAUGGUGAUCAUUGCUUCAUUUAUUUAAUAUUCUCUUAUAAUCUCUUCUCAUCUUCUCAAAACGCAUUAAGUUCUUAAUAAUUGCAAAUUCAUUAAAUUUGCGAUCACUUAUUUUGUCUUUCCUAAAAUUACCAAUACUUAUAUAUUGAAAAUUAUAUAACAUUCGAUUUUCUAAUUUAAUUUUUUUUUAAAUUAUUUUCCUAAAUAUUUUCAGUUAUUUUCCUGUUGCUUGCUAUGACAAAAUCAAAGUUAAACUUUCAUUAAUUUUUUAAAAUAAUCUUUCAUCACAAAGUUAUCUUUUCCAUCGCUGCCUUUUCUAGAUAAUUUAGUAUUACAUCGGUCUAUGAAUAUGCAUGAAUGAUUACAAUGGUGUGUUGAAUAAAAACACUUUGAGAGCCUUGCAGACAACUGCACUCACAUCGAGCUUUAUAGAAUUAUAUUUAAUGUAAAUUUAGCUAAGUCGUUAUUCCAUAAAUGUAUAGCUUUUGUUAAAUUAUAAGGGAAAGUUUUUUGUAGCUGUGAAACUGAAAGAAAGAAAGAGAGACAGAAAAAAAAUGAAUAAGAAAUUAAAGCAAUAUAAUGUUUUUCUGUAUUUGUUAAAUUUAAUUAGAGUUGAAUUAAUGUUAUGUUACAAAUGUUGAAUGUUUUAAUUAUGAAGUUUAUAUAUUGAAUGGAUUAUAAAAAUCCAAAGAGAGUUUGAAUGUAUUUUUUAUGAAAUGUGUUUAGUAUAAAUGUAAAAUUAUAUAACAAUGUAUAUGUUAUAAUUCUUUAUUAAGUUCGUAUGAAAGAUUAUUUCUAAUGGAUGAUAUUAAAGUUGCCUUAUCAGGACAUUUAUUAAUUUAAAAAGUGGCUUAUAAAUUAUUUUGAUUUGACAUGUGCUUCUUUUAAUUAAAAGAAAUAAAUGUUAUUACUGCAAAAUAUUUUUUUCAAAUAUGAAUAAUAUUCCAUCAAAUUAUAAUUAAAUUUGAACUUUGUAAAUGCUUUAAUUUAUUUAUGUUGUUUUUUUGUCUUGGUGCUUAUUAUUUUAUUCUAUGAGAUUAGUGCCAUGUCAGAAGAUUUCCAUACUUACAGAGAUGAAAAUUAUAGGGAUAUUUAUAUAAUUAAGGUAUUCAUUCAGUAUAAUAUCUAAGAAUCAGUUUCAAAAUAAUUGUUUAAUGGAUAACAUUUUAGAAUGUUGAUUUCUAUAAGCUUUCACCUAUAGGGUUUGGUUGCUAUGGGAAAAACGUAUACAAAUAUGGACAUAAACAUUAUAGAAAUACUCAUAGAUAAUAAAAAAUGUCAAGUCUAUUUCAUGAUAACUACAUUCUUUAUAUAAUAACAAUGGUAUUUCUCAGUAGUUGUUUAUUUAUUGUGAAUUUAAUACAUCAUCAGUUUUCGAGAUGCAUAUUGCUUUGUAAAAAAGAAACCUUCUGAUUUGGCACUGUAAGAAUCUGAAAUGCAGCUGAUAUUUACUAAAUAAGGAUUUGAUGUUUUGUACUUUUGCCUUAUUUUUCCAGAUAUAAUGAUUAUUCUCUUAAACAGACUGUAAGACUCCUGCAAUAAGCAAUUUUACUGUCAUAAAUUGGAAUGCUUACAGUUCAGCACCUAAAGAAAGAAAAAAAAAAAAAGCUUGCUGUAUAUAUGUAAUUUGUUCUAACCUGUGUCUUAUUCACCAAAGAUUUAUAUAUUGAAUAUAUUGUAAAAUAUUUGUGUGAGUGUAUUUUUCACCAAACUAUGUAUAAAUAGAAAUGUUGUACGAUUUUUUAAACAUUUAAGUAUGCUCAUAUUAUCUGCCAUUUGAUAACAUUUGUUAAAUUCAGAAAAAAAGGAAUUUUGAUUCUUAAAAUUUUAUUGUUAAAUAAAACAAAAAAAAAAGGUCUAAUUGUAUUAUGUAGAUAUUGUUGAUAAUGAAUAGUCUAAAAUCUUUGGUUUAUGAUUUUGAUGUAAUUUUUUGUUUAAGAUUUAAUUUUUAGUCCGGUGAAUAAUAUUUAGAAAUUAUUUCUUAUUAUUAUAAAUAUAUAUAUUUUUUGUUAAGAAAAUUUUUUGUACACAAUAUCUAACUGUUAAUUGUGCUUGCCGAGUUUGGUUAAGUACAUUUUUUCAUAAGCCAAAUGUAUUCCUACUAGAAUAAAUAACAACAGUAUUGAUGGCUGUAUGCUUUUGGUUGCUGUUAUUAUUUAAGAGGUUUUUAUUAUUGUUUAUUAUUAUCGAUUUUGUGGAAAUAUAAUGAUUUAUUAUUAUGUUAUUAAUAUAGAAUGUAUAUGUUAAUUGUAAUUAAUUAAUCAAUUUAAAAUCAAAUUAUAGUUUUUUAUCAAUUUUAAAAAUAUACUACACACUGUACCUGUUUAGUAUUUUUGAGGAACUUCCUUUGUACUCUUUUAUUAAUGAAAAUUAAAUUCAAAGAAAAACCAUUUUACUAAGAUAAUACUUAGCUCUAACUAAAACAUUAGUUUAUUAUUUGCACACACAUUUAGUUCUGUGAGUGUAACAAUGUUCAGUGCAGUAUUAAAUGUUUUUUAUUAUUUCGAAUUAAUAUGUUUGUUUUUUAGUACAAAUAGUAGAAAAUAAUUUUCUACAUAAGUUUUGCUUAAAACCACACAAUCAAUUGCUAUUUUCAUAAUAUCCUCAUACAGCAGUGGUAAACAAUUUUCAAGAAUAAUUUAAAUUUUAUGAUAAGUAUUAUGCACUGGGUAUUGAAACAAUUGUUUUGAUUUUUUUUUUUUUUUUUCCGUUUCAAUAGUAACUUCUGUGUGAAGUGUUGUUAACUGCUAAUUGAAAUAAUUUUAUUUUACAAAAAAAAUAUUUUUGGAUUUUUCACAAAUAAGAUAUUCUAAUUGGAAAAAUAAAUUAUGUAUUUUUUAAUGCAUCCAAUUGAACUGCAAUAUAAUAAUUAAAGCACAGUUCAC